CAUACAAGCCAUGGCAGAUGAAAGUACACAGUUCUGUGCCAAUUGGUAAGUAUGAAGAUUCAGGGUAGUUGAGUAGUAGGGACAAUGUGGAUAAAUACACAUUAGAAGUCUGUCUGAUUCUCGCUCUUUCUCUGUCUCUCUCCUCUCCUUCUUUCUUUCUCUCCUGCGCUCUAGUCAGCAUGACAUUCCAGAGGCUAAUUUCACUACUCAUGAGAUUCACUGUUGCCGGAACAUUGCUCUGUGUGAGGUGUGCCAAGAGCCAGUGCCCCGUUCAGAUCUUCAGCAGCACAAGGAGCAAGAGCAUAUGCAGGUACAGUGCUAAACAUGGAGAGGGCGGGAGCCGGGAGGUGGGUGGGCUAUUCUUAAAUUAGCCUAUUAAAAGCUAGGGAGACAUCCCAAAGUUGCUGUACAGUUGUUGCAAAGGAGGCUUCAAACAUUUUCUUUAAAUUUCAGGUGAAAUGUAAGUGUGGUUUAAAGGUUGAGAAAAGCCAUAUCGAAUCCCACCAGGUAUGUAAAACUUGUAUCAGGAUGGAGACCUUCUCAUCUACCUGACUUGUGAUGGUCAUGUAUUACAUUGUAACUGAGACGUGGCCUUUUCAUCUGACCUCGCUCUUUUCCAGAGCUCUGAGUGCAAUCAGCGGAUGGUGCCGUGUCAGUACUGUGACCUGGAGCUGGUUUUCAGUCAAUCUAAGGAGCAUGAGGAUUAUUGUGGGACGCGCACAGAGCCCUGUCCAUUCUGCAUGUGCAAUGUAAUGUUGAGGGAGCAGGCUGUCCACCCAGCCUGGUGUGGUAGCCUCACGCCUCCUCAAGAAAGGAACAACAGCCGGGCAAGUCACAGCCCAGCAGAGCCCCAGUCCCCAGGAGCCUGGUUUGAAGCCUACUCCAUCCGUAACCUGUUUAGGGCCAAGGAGGGAGGAGGCCACAAGAACAACAACGCCAGUGCAUCUGACCGCAGGGCCCUACCACGGCCCCUGGAGGCCAGAGUGCACAACAGCACCCGGGGGCAAGUGGGCCUGGGAGGAAGGGUGAACAUUGCCCCUAGGAAUACAGACUUCAGCCACUGUACGUCAGCCAAUGGCUCAUACAAAGUGUUAAAGUUUUUCUUCUCCCUUACAUUAUCCAAAAACAAUCUUAGAAUUUAUAGUCUGGUAUAGAUUAACUUCCCUGGCCUAUAUUAAAGUGAAACAUUGUUUUAUUUGAAUAUAUUUUUUUGUGAUUGUAAAAACAUAUCUCACUUGUGGUUUCACCUCCCCAGUACUGGAACAAGAACCAGCAGUGCUGGGCAACAACAAUUACAGCAUAGCACCAUUGGCCUCAUUGGCAUGGCCUGCAGGCCAAUCACUGGGAGAGGACUCUGCCAACCUGGACUACCUGCUGGCCCUCAGCCUGCAGAGUGAUGGGGACACAGGGGAUCUAGGGGGAGGAGAGGGGGCCUUGUGGACGGAUGUCUGGGACCACAAACUUGGAAGGAUGUCCAACACCGGCUCCCUCAUCCCUCCCAUCUCUCCCCCUAACAACUACCAACAAUUCACCACAGGCACCAAUACAGACCAUGACCAGACAGGUCAGAUACUAUACAAAAAUACCACUUAUUGUCCCAGUUUGUUUUCAUAAUUAUAUUCCGUUACAGAAUGUUGCCCUCCUCUGCCUUUUACAUUUUGACGUUUCCACCCAUCUUUACAUUCAACCCUGUGAUGUUUGUAAAUAAAUUGAGAAUAAUCUAGUGUUUUCUACUGUACCCAUUAUUCCUCUGCUCUUUUUCUCCCAUGUAGACACCAUGUUGCCCUGUGAGUUCUGUGAGGAUCUGUUUCCUGAAGUGGACCUCAUUUUACACCAGGUUAGAAGGAUCUUUUGACACUUAGCCUACAAGUCAGGCUAACUCAAUGGCGGCUGAGUCUGUCGAGGCCUGGGAAUUCAUUUCCUUUAUAGGCUGCAGCAGUUAGUUAUAAACACAGGCCCUCUCCUCCCCAUUAUUUCCUUCCUGUGGAUGUUGUUUUUCUUUUGUUCACUCCCCCUAAUUUCCUAGUUUCCCCUCCUGAAAACAGUUCAUACUUGGUCACCGUUCAUUUUGUGUCUUGCACUUGGUAUUAGGAUUGGGCGAUGUCAACCUUUGUCCUAUCGUGAUUAUGUACUCAUAAAACAUUGUGAUGUACGAUGGUAUUUCCCCCUAUUGAUUCAGAGGGGUUGUGUUAAAUGCAGGAAACCCAUUUCAGUUGAAUGCAUUCAGUUGUGCAACUGACUAGGUAUCUGCUUUGCCCCCCAAAAAUACAUUCUACAAAAAUAAAAACUCAGCUAAAACCACCUUUGGGCUAUAGCGUGAAAUCACAUGCUACAACGGACGAAUCAUGAAGAAAGAUAAUGUUGUUGAAAACCUUGGUAGAGGCGAAGUACAGGCAAAUCUUUUCUAAUAUUCCUUUCUGGUGGAACGUGUGUGUCUGUCUCGCGCACAUGAUGGAGCAAAGUGACAGUCAACUGAUGAGGCACAGGCUGUCUUACCAUAGUGAGUUAGGUUAUAGUCCAUGAGCCAGGAGGUUGGUCGGGCUCACUUGGGCCGAUGAUGUCUGAUAGUGAUUUCUUUGCAGGUCUAUGUCUCGAGAGUUGGAGAAUGUGUGAUAGCAGUGCAGCAAUGGCAGCUCUCUUUGCACUAUCACUCUUUCUUUCAUCCCUCCAUCAGAUGCAUGUUUCCAUAGGGAUUUUACCCCAUGACAAACAAUGUCAGUAUACUACAAGCUAUUGCUCACUUAUACCCUUUAGUCAUAUCAUUGGAAAGAUUCACAGCUAUCCAUCAGACACAAUUUUCAGAACUUUGACCUCUAUGUUGCCUGUGUAAAUGGCUUUAAAAAGCAAAACAUGAUACAUUUUAAACUUUUUGACAAGUGGAAAUGAUAUAUAAUAUAACCAACUUUGAAAUCACCAGCUACACCUAUUGUUUGAUUAAACAUUGACAUUAGAAUGUUGGAAGCUUAGCCAUAGAAUUCCAUGUAAUGGGACAGCUAUGUUUUUGGAUUCUACCUUUGAUAAUAGAGGCACCAAAUUGCACACACAGUUAAGCCCGGUUAUUAAAAAGAGUUGUAGAUACAGGGCCAUCAGCGAAUUCACACAUUAACCCCACAGUUCUUGCCGCCAAACAAAUCAAUGUGGUCUUAUUGGACAAUUUCACAUGACCAUACCUGUGUGAAAUAUAAUUGUAUUAUGCCCAAAAAUAUAUUUCAAUGUUCAUAGUGAUGUAGAAUACACAACCAUGUGAGCCAGGUGUGCCAGAUAUAUAAAUAUUAUUCACAGACAUGUGGUAAGAAUGUUCCCAAAAAGCUGUCUGAAUCGCUGAUUUCUGAAGAUGUUAUGAUCAAUAAUUGCAAUAUUUAACCUUCAACCAUGUUAAAUGGAUAUGCACAUGUGAAUAGUCAUGGAUAUGAACUGAUUAAAAUGAUAGACAAUGUUAUCCAAGUAGCUGUUUUCAUUAUGAGGACUAUACAGGUAAUUCAGAAACUAUUCAGAACCCUUCACUUUUUGCACAUUUUGUUACGUUACAGCCUUAAAUAAUACAUUUUCCUCAUCAAUCUACGCACAAUACCCCAUAAUGACAGUGAAAACAGGUUUUUAGAUUUAAAAAAACAACAGAUACCUUAUUUACAUAAAUAUUCAGACCCUUUGCUAUGAAACUCAAAAUGGAGCUCAGGUGCAUCCUGUUUCCAUUGAUCAUCCUUGAGAUGUUUCUACAACUUGAUUGGAGUCCACCUGUGGUAAAUUCAAUUGAUUGGACAUGAUUUGGCACACACCUGUCUAUAUAAGGUCCCACAGUUGACAGUGCAUGUCAGAGCAAAAACCAAGCCAUGAGGUUGAAGGAAUUGUCCAUAGAGCUCCGAGACAGGAAUGUGUCGAGGCACAGAUCUGGGGAAGGGUACCAACACAUUUCUGCAACAUUGAAGGUCCCCAAGAACACUGUGGCCUCCAUCAUUCAUAAAUGGAAGAAGUUUGGAACCACCAAGACUCUUCCUAGAGCUGGCCGCCCGGCAAAACUGUGCAAUCGGGGGAGAAGGGCCUAGGUCAGGGAGGUGACCAAGAACCCGAUGGUCACUCUGACAGAGCUCCAGAGUUCCUCUGUGGAGAUGGGAAAAUCUUCCAGAAGGACAACCAUCUCUGCAGCACUCCACCAAUCAGGCUUUUAUGGUAGAGUGGCCAGACAUAACCCACUCCUCAGUAAAAGGCAUGUGACAGCCUGCUUGGAGUUUGCCAAAGGACUCUGACCAUGAGAAACAAGAUUCUCUGGUCUGAGGAAACCAAGAUUGAACACUUUGGCCUGAAUGCCAAGCGUCACGUAUGGAAGAAACCAGGCACCGCUCAUCACCUGGCCAAUACCAUCCCUACGGUGAAGCAUGGUGGUGGCAGCAUCAUGCUGUGGGGAUGUUUUUCAAUGGCAGGGACUGGGAGACUAGUCAGGAACAAGGGAAAGAUGAAUGGAGCAAAGUACAGAGCGAUCCUUGAUGAAAACCUGCUCCAGAGCGCUCAGGACCUCAUACUGGGGGCGAAGGUUCAUCUUCCAACAGGACAACAACCCUAAGCAGACAGCCAAAAGAACGCAGGAGUGGCUUCGGGACAAGUCUCUCAAUGUCCUUGAGUGGCCCAGCCAGAGCCCGGACUUCAACCCGAUCGGACAUCUCUGGAGAGACCUGAAAAUAGCUGUGCAGCGACGCUCCCCAUCCAACCUGCCAGAGCUUGAGAGUAUCUGCAGAGAAGAAUGGGAGAAAAUACCCAAAUACAGGUGUGCCAAGCUUGUAGCGUCAUACCCAAGAAGACUCGAGGCUGUAAUCGCUGCCAAAGGUGCUUCAACAAAGUACUGAGUAAAGGGUCUGAAUACUUAUGUAAAUGUGUUAUUUCAGUUAUUUAUUUUUAACACUUUUGCAAAAAUUUCUACACCUGUUUUGCUUUGUCAUUAUGGGUUAUUGUGUGUAGAUUGAUGAGGGGGGGGGGGAAACUAUUUAAUCCAUUGUAGAAUAAGGCUGUAAUGUAACAAUGUGGAAAGAGUGAAGAGGUCUGAAUACUUUCCGAAUGCACUGUAUACCUGCACCGUACAUUCCAUUAGUGUAGUAAAAUCCAAUGUUGGGCCUGUUGAGGCCAAUUACAUUACUUGUAGUAUUCUAGUAACGGACCAAUCUGCUAUGCCCCAUAGUAAGAAUUUUGAUGAACUACGUAUUAUCAGUUGAAAACGAAUUGGCAUUCCUAUGGAAUUUGACAUUGUAAUGUAUGCAGCAAGUGUCUAGUCCUCUACUACCAUUGCUGCACUGCUAUCACACAUUUUCUAACUCUAUGGACAUAGACAUAAAAAAUAAAUAAAAAUGAAGAGACAUCGUGGGUCCAGGUGAGCCUGACGGCCCAAAUUUGGGGGUCUGGCUCAUGGACUAUUAUAAAUCAUGGGCUGGAUAGAAGCAAAGUCUACUGUCUUCAGAACUGGAUAAUUACUUUGUCUUAUCCUCUUCUCUUAAAGGAGAAUUUACCCAAAAUCAAGAAACUCCAAAGUGAUUCCAUACAUUGAAACUAGUUCAGUUGAGUUUCCCCUCUCCCUCAUCUGUCGGCAACUGCACCACCAGUCAGUGUUGAUCCUACGGAUGGAUUGGGGCUGUGGUCCAGCUGUUCCUGCGGCUUCGGUGGACAUCAAAAGCUACAUUUGCCUUAAUUCUUCGUCCAAAAACUCAGGCUCAAAUCAAUAUGGUUCGACGACACCAUCGGUACCCCUUCAGUAGUUUUCUUCAUCACUUCAACACUCGUCCUCAGAUAUGUUUGUAGGUUGUUAUUUACGCGGUCUUCACUUCUCCGCUGAAAAAAACGUGCAUCUGUGAAUAAGGGCGUAACGUGCAGUUUAUACAUAGCAGGUAUUCCCCCAGAGCGCACAUGCGCAGUUGUUAGGCCACCGAUCUACGCUGCAGCCGGCUACAUAAAAUAAUGAUAUAAAAUACUCGCUAAUGUUUUAGGUGGAAAAGCACACAUUUCCUGAAUCAAAACUAAUAGUACUUUUGACAAAAAUAGCUAAUUCGGCCGUACGCUUUCAAUAAAAUCAUGAAUUUGUCAACACUUCGUGGAUUUCUGAAUCAUGAAUUCACUGGCAACGGAGCAGAGCGAGGCUUGCAUCCAGCAACAUCUUGAGUCACGUGACCCGUUUUUGCAGCUGUUUCAGUACAGCACGACAGGGAGCGGGGGAGAGGGCAAUCCCCACUGAACUAGUUUCAAUGUAUGGAAUCACUUGGGAGUUUCUGGAUUUUGGGUAAACCUCUCCUUUUAAUGGGCAUAAAGCUGUGAUUGAGAGUAGCCUGGGCCAAUAGACUUCUUUUUGAAAGCGGCAACUUUAGGAAAACAGUACCUUAGGCUAUUAGAAUAUUUUGGAAAAGGCCACUGUUCUUGAAUUGAGUAGGAGGAUAGGUUAUUGGCCAUUUGAUUUUCAACCUCGCUUGGUGGGAUUUUCCACCCUUCACAGAUAAUUUCUGUGUUAAUAAGCUUAAACUUGAUAAAACGUGUCAUUUUUCUAUAUGCCAUUGAUAUUGUUUCUCUCAUUAUUAGUUUCCUGUCUGCCUUACAUUUUAGGCUAUUAAUACAACUUUUUGAGAUGGAACUCUGUUAGAUUCAUUCAUUGUUUUGAUCAGACUUGAAUGCCAAAACAUUCAAGAAAUAAAGGUUCACAUGUUGACUUAUUUUGCAUACCCCACCAUACCAUGAGACAUCCAUAUACCUUUAUCUCAUGAAUGUUUUGGCAUUCAUUUCCAAAAACACAUUUUAUUUCCACUUCUUCUAUGGGUAAACGUAUGCAAAGUUUUGUUAAAAUCAAAAGGGAUUCUGACAAAAAGAGAUUGAAUUCAAAUGGUUUGUGUUCGUUCUAAAACAAAUUCUAGGUUUAGCCUACACUACCGGCAAAAGUUCUAGAACACCUACUCAUUCAAGGGUUUUUCUUUAUUUUUACUAUUUUCUACAUUGUAGAAUAAUAGUGAAGACAUCAGAACUAUGAAAUAACACAUAUGGAAUCAUGUAGUAACCAAAAAAAGUGCUUUCCAUCAGACAUUUGGAGAUGAAUUCACCUUUCAGCAGGACAAUAACCUAAAACACAAGGCCAAAUCUACAGUUGCUUACCAAGACGACAGUGAAUGUUCCUGAGUGUCCGAGUUAUAGUUUUGACUUAAAUCUGCAUUAAAAUCAAUGGCAAGACCUGAAAAUGAUUGUCUAGCAAUGACCAACAACCAAUUAGAGCUUGAAGAAUUUUGAAAAUAAUAAUGGGCAAAUAUUGUACAAUCCAGGUGUGCAAAACGCUUAGAGACAUACUCAGAAAACUCACAGCUGUAAUCUCUGCCAAUGGUUAUUAAUUUAUUGUAUUUCAUUGUAAAUUAACAACAUUGCAACCUUGUUUAGCAUUAUCUAGUCCAAAUAUGGCAUGAUUCCGCUAUUUGUAUCCGUUUGUAUCACUUUCAAAUGUGGGACUUUUACUUUGAUGGCGAACCACGAUUCCACUAUUGUGGCUAAUCAUUGUUGUGGCUCCCUUCACGUAGGUCUCCCCAGUGACCUCUUGCUUGAUUUAAAAAAGUGAGGAAUCCAAAUGUUAGGCAUUUUAAAUGUAUUAAACAUAUAAAGAGUGCUCUAGCUCACUUUAGAAAAGGUACGUCGGCAUCAAGCUCUUGGAGGGUAGACACAUGGCAUAAUGUCUUCAGUUUGCAUGAAGAUGUAUUUAUUGCACAUGUUCGGAUCUUGGUCGUAUCCUUGCCUACUUUGCAAUGGGUUGUGCCCUUGUGGCCCCGAGGCGAAGUGCAGUAGCUUAACCUACAAACUAAAACCUGGUGUGAAAAGAAGGCCUUUAACAAGUAUGUCCAGAAAGCCCCAGAAUCCCAGACAAUAUAGAAUUACAGAAAUAAGUCUGACACUCAAUGCUGCGUUUUUAUUGUUAUAUACAGUACCAGUCAAAAGUUUGGACGCACCUACUCAUUCAAGGGUUUUUCUUUAUUUUUAUACUAUUUUCUACAUUGUAGAAUAAUAGUGAAGACAUCAGAACUAUGAAAUAACACAUGUAAUCAUGUAGUACCAAAAAAGUGUUAAACAAAUCAAAUAAUAUUUUAUAUUUGAGAUUCUUCAAAUAGCCACCCUUUGCCUUGAUGACAGCUUUGCACACGCUUGGCAUUCUCUCAACCAGCUUCAUGAGAUAGUCACCUGGAAUGCAAGGGGGGGGGGGGGGGGGUAUACAGAAGAUAGCCCUAUUUGGCAAAAGACCAAGUCCAUAUUAUGGCAAGAACAGCUAAAAAAAAGUCCAUCAUUACUUUAAGACGAAGGUAAGUCAAUACGGAAAAUUUCAAGAACUUUGAACCUUUCUUCAAGUGCAGUCGCAAAAACCAUCAAGCGCUAUGAUGAAACUGGCUCUCAUGAGGACUGCCACAGGAAUGGAAGACCCAGAGUUACCUCUGCUGCAGAGGAUAAGUUCAUUAGAGUUACCAGCCUCAGAAAUGGCAGCCCAAAUAAAUGCUUCACCGAGUUCAAGUAACAGACACAUCUCAACAUCAACUGUUCAGAGGAUACCGUGUGAAUCAGGCCUUCAUGGUGGAAUUGCUGCAAAGAAACCACUACUAAAGGACACCAAUAAGAAGAAGAGACUUGCUUGGGCCAAGAAACACGAGCAAUGGACAUUAGACCGGUGGAAAUGUGUCCUUUUGGUCUUGAGUCCAAAUUGGAGAUUUUUGGUUCCAACCGCCGUGUCACUAUGAGACGCGGUGUGGGUGAACGGAUGGUCUCCGCAUGUGUAUUUCCCACUGUAAAGCAUGGAGGACAAGGUGUUAUGGUGUGGGGGUGCUUUGCUGGUGACACUGUCUGAUUUAUUUAGAAUUCAAGGCACACUUAACCAGCAUGGCUACUGCAGCAUUCUGCAGCAAUAUGCCACCCCAGCUGGUUUGGGCUUAGUGGGACUAUCAUUUGUUUUUCAACAGGACAAUGACCCAACACACCUCCAGGCUGUGUAAGGGCUAUUUUACCAAGAAGGAGAGUGAUGGAGUGCUGCAUCAGAUGACCUGGCCUCCACAAUCCCCCGACCUCAACCAAAUUGAGAUGGUUUGGGAUGAGUCGGACCGCAGAGUGAAGGAAAAGCAGCCAACAAGUGCUCAGCAUAUGUGGGAACUCCUUCAAAACUGUUGGAAAAGCAUUCAAGGCGAAGCUGGUUGAGAGAACGCCAAGAGUGUGCAAAGCUGUCAUCAAGGCAAAGGGUGGCUAUUUGAAGAAUCUCAAAUAUAUUUAGAUUUUUUAAAACUUUCUGGUUACUACAUGAUUCCAUAUGUGUUAUUUCAUAGUUUUGAUGUCUUCAUUAUUAUUCUACAAUGUAGAAAAUAGUAAAAAUAAAGAAAAACCCUUGAAAUUAUGUAACGUAGAUAGUUAUGGUGGAAUUCCACGAUGAGAAUGUUAGAACUGUUAAUAAUUUUCCAUGAGGGCUGAUUUGAUAGUGCAGUGUGGAUAAUGUGGUAAUCACCUGAGGGUAGGUAGCUAGCCACCUGCUCUAUCUGGUGAGCAGAAAUACAUUUUUCCCCUCACGGCUGUUUUUGUUGUCUUUCAGACUGGCUGUAGUCCAGCCUCAGCCUUUGCAUCUUUCAGCAAGCGUCCUCCAUCUCCACGCUAUGAUGACAGGAUUGCUAGGGGUGCUGGUGGUCUACUGCACAUCCCACCUGACACCCCUUACUUCCCCACCUUCCCCCCUUCAGUCUCCCCGCUCUCCUACAGUUUACCUGCCAGUCCACUAGAGGGGGAUGUGGUUAUUCCUUGUGAGUUCUGUGGAGUGGCCCUGGAGGAGGCCGUUGUCUUUCACCACCAGGUAGGCCUACGUUAUUUGCUGUGCAAUAUGUAGUACUGUAAGAACUGAAGAUCAUAUUCAAAGAGUGUAUGCCAAUGUCAAAUAGUCCUUAGUCACGAUACAAAUGAGGGAGAAAAGUCAUUUUGACGGGAAGAAAAUGUGAUAACUUUGCUCCUAUACCUGUGUAUUAACAUUGUAAUUGCUCAAGUAUUAUUGUUAUUGCACUAACAUGUUGCUCCAUAGUAAUUUCCUAGUAAUCGAGUACAGCAUUACACUUUGUUUACAGGAUAAGUGUGACCUCCGACCCGGCACUGCUCACUCAGUGGAUAAGGUCAACAAAGUGUCCUUUCAAAAACAAUCUCUUCCUCCCAAAGAGAGCUGUGGACGGAUCUCUCCUGAGGUGCAGAGGAGACUCGAGCACCAAUGUAAGACACUGAACCCUAUGUUCACCAAUGCUAAAUAAUUUUUAACAAAGUCAAUGUUGGUUGGGUUCCAUCUAUCCACCUAUGUUUUAUUUUAUUUAACCCUUAUUUUAUGAGGUAGGUUGACUGAGAACACAUUCUCAUUCACAGCAAUGACAUGGGGAAUACUUACAGGGGAAAGGAGGGGGGAUGAAUGAGCCAAUUGGAAGCUGGGGAUGAUUAGGUGGCUAUGAUUAUACAAGGGCCAGAUUGGGAAUUUAGCCAGGACACCGGGGUUAACACCCCUACUCUUACGAUAAAUGCCAUGGGAUCUUUAGUGACCACAGUACAUCAAAUUCAGAGAGACUGACUAAUUUUGUGUGUGUGUGCACACGCUUACAUCUAAAGUGGACCCCUUCGGUGGGCUGGAUGGAGAGAGGCCCCCGGUGCGAAGCCCAAACGAAUGGCAGAGAGACCACAGUGGGCUGCCUAUUACAGGGAAGAUCUCAAACUGUGAUCCCCAGGUGAAGAACAGACUCCAGCAUGGCAGAGAGGCAGAUGGGGGCCACUCACUUUUCACUGCAGGCCACAAAUCCAACUCUGCAGCAGCUGUGGGGUAAGAACAAUGACAAACCUUCCAUAAUAAUGUCAUUUUAACAAACAAUUUGAUUUGGUACAACAACUUAAUUUGAAAUUGUUUGGGUCACCUAAUAUUUGGAUUACGUUUUGUGUUACAGAAUUAGUGUUGAAAGUGUUUUCUUUAGUAUAAUAUAGUGAUGAUAAUUCGAGGAUGUAGCGAUUCACCGAUACGCAUCGCUCCCUGGUUCAAAUUUUUAAGAGAUGAGUGCGUAUGUGGGAGCCCAAUCCGAUCCAAAUUAAGCAUGCAUCGGUUAGAAAAACGAUUCAAACGUUACAAAUUGCCUGUUUACCAAUGUUUUUUUACUAUAUUAUUUUAUACCGAAAAUACCUCAUCUGUUGUGACUGAAUUGAUGCCUCCUUCAGUUCAGUAGCCUAUCGAACUUUUAUGCAUGUUCUGCGUAUGACUGUCAGAUAACAACUGUGUGCAAUGUGCGGGAGACACAGCUGCUCGCGCAAACGAGAGGUAGGCCUAUCCCCUGUUCUAAUAUAUGGCACUUCAGCAUUCAGAUGCUUGUACAAUGGCUUUCACAAUGUCAAAUCAUAGGCUUUAUUAGUUACAACCUAUGUAAUUUGCUGGGUCAUUGUUAUCAAAUGCGCAGUAGAAAAUUGUGUAGCCUACCAGAGUGGACGCAACUCACAUCCAACUGCUGAUUGGGGUUUUCAAUCAUUCAGAUUUUAUUUAGAUUGUUCAGGUUCACCAUAAUAAAUCAUUUUGGUAGUUUUGCUUUAAACAGUCAGUGUAUUUGGUCAUUUUUACAUGAACAUGGUAAUUUCAUAAAGGACAGCAAUCAUUUCGCAUUCAUUGGUCGAAGAGGGAGAAGAUAUGGCCGGCAGGGAUGUAGCUCAGUUGGUAGAGCAUGGCGUUUGCAAUGCCAGGGUUGUGGGUUCGAUUCCCACGGGGGGCCAGUAUAAAAAAAAAAAAAAAAAAUGUAAGUCGCUCUGGAUAAGAGCGUCUGCUAAAUGACUUAAAUGUAAGAUCUCUGUAAAAUUCAAAACGGCCUAAACCAUUCGCUUUCGAAAGGGAGGUAAAAUCCCAAACUGCAUUGUUAAAUGGCUAAAUGCCAUGCUAAUUUCUAAAUAUAAAUAUUGACAUAGUUCUAUCUCAAAACAUUUUCAAUCUGCAAAAAUUGCAAGUUAAUCAGUGAGUGAUGGUGGUCUCAGAUAAAAAGUGUGGAGUGGGGGGGGGCAAAAAGCAUACAUUUACCCCACCCCUAAUCUGAUAGUGGAGUUGUAGAUGCUCAGUCUGCCGAAUGGCUCAGCUCAGGUGCCUACACACGCCACUGACAUUGACACACACUAACAGAGGGCCUCUCAGUUUAGGGAAGUCAUCUCAGACUCAGCUCUAAUCAAACCGAAUUGCACCGUCUCGUUUCAAACUAAAACGUAUCGUUCCUGUAUCAUAUUGGAGCCAAUGCAUCUAGAUAGGUGUCGAAUCGUUCAUGAAAGGAGAGAUGCACAUCUCUAAUGAUAAUGCUUCCAAAUUAAAUAUUUUGUCUCUAUCCACCAGACCACCCCUAAGAGAAAAUAAUGGGGGAAGAAGGAAUAAGUUACCAAGGAAUGCAGGGCCAUCAAAGGUAAACAAACAAUCCUUGUUUCUUUAGAGCUUCUAUGGUUGUCAUCUCUUAAGUUAAUUUUAAUGUUUUUCUGUGACAACAUUCAUUUUUAGGUGCCUAAGAAGCAAAACAAAGAAAAGGAAGAGGAGUGAGGGCAAGACUGAUUAAGAGACUGUCGAUGGAAAGAGCAACAGGCAAUCACCAAAUGCAUUUUGUGUGAGCUUUAAAAGUGGUGGUGUUCCUGGCUGACUACAUUGAAGA